CUUGGUACCGCGUCGAAAACAACCAGCACGCUUUUAUUUCAACUAGUUCACCUGUUCCAAGCGUGAAGAGUUCAUACAGAAAAAGUAAUCAUGGUGUCUUUAGAAACUAUUGCGGGUAUAACGAUAAAAGUGCUUAAACUGAUUAUUAAUCUCAUAAUCCUGAUCCUGUAUCGAACAGGAUAUCAAGGAGAAUUCCUGGGUGUCGGAGGAACAUGGAACUUGAACGAAGAUAAAAAUCCGGACGCAGAAAUCGUUGCGUCUGGAGUCUUAGUGGGAUUUUUCAUAUACACCAGCGUUGUUCUAAUUACUUAUUGCUUUGGCAACUCGUCUCACAAAAAGACACUUGUUGAAAUUAUAAUGAACUUCGUUGGAACCUUCAUGUUCAUCGCUGUAGGUGGAACAGCACUCCAUUACUGGCACGGAUAUCAAUCAGAAAAUAAAUUCGAUACGAUUGUCCAGGAACGACAGGUCGGCCUAGCUGUUGGAUCGUUGUGCGUUAUCGAGGGUGCAGCGUAUCUCGUCGAUCUAAUAUUAAGCGUUCUACAUUUUGCGAAAAGUCACGACGAAUAUUUAGAAUAAAGUCACAUUUCACGUAACAUAUAAAAUAGUAA